UUAUUUUAAUAUCUUCAAAAUCUUAAAGUGAAAAAACAAGUACAUGAAAUUACACUGAAAAUAAUGAUUGAAUUUUUCAUCACGCAAAACCUUAAAGUACUCUCGUACUUACUCACAAUUCUCCUUCUUCUCUCUCUCAUUUUGUCAUAUCUCUUCUCUUUGCUCCAUCAAAUAUCCCCACACUUUCUUCUUCAUCAACACCAUAAUAAGUCAUCCUUUGCCCCCUCCACUCCUCUCCCCAUUUCUCCCAAUUUAUUUUGCUUCUCACUUUCUCGCCUUCCAAUCAUGUCCAUCAACCAUUUCUCCACUGACUUACAAGAAACCCCCUGGUGGCCUCCCCAACAACAACAAUCCUUAAAUAUGGAGUCAACUCAUCAACAUCCCAACUCUUCUUCAAAGCAGCAACAACAACAAUUCAAUUCUUGGCCUUCACAUCAACAAUUCUUCCACCAUCACCAUCCUCACAUCCAUCAUCAAGGUUUCAACUUUAAUCUUAACCAGGAGAACUACUGUGGACAAGAACAUGAGGGGCAGGAUGAGGCAGAUGCCGCUGCUGGCACCAGCCAAGAACGGGAAGCCGAGGUUGAGAGAGAAACCAUGUUUGAGAAGCCCUUAACUCCGAGCGACGUGGGGAAACUCAACCGUCUGGUGAUACCCAAACAACACGCGGAGAAAUACUUUCCACUCGGCGGCGGUGGCGACGCAGGGGACAAAGGGUUGUUACUGAGUUUUGAGGAUGAGUCCGGGAAGUGCUGGAGUUUUCGAUACUCGUAUUGGAACAGUAGCCAGAGCUAUGUGUUAACGAAAGGGUGGAGCCGAUACGUGAAGGAGAAGAGAUUAGAUGCCGGCGAUAUAAUUCUUUUCGAGCGCCACAGAACCGAUGGCCAAAGGUUGUUUAUAGGGUGGAGACGACGCGGCGCUACGGUGGCCCCGGAUGCUACUAGCGGCAGUCGUAGUGGUGGUGGUGGUAGCGGCGGUGGCGGUGGGUGGAGCACAGGGUUGUAUUCAGGCUCACCACAUCCUUAUCCUCCUGCUCAACCCCAUGGAAUUACUGUGCCACACCAACCUGACUGUCUUCAUGCAGGGUCUGUGGUGCAGAACCCAGUUGGAAAUUCGAAGACUUUAAGGCUAUUUGGGGUGAACAUGGAGUGCCAGCUCGAUGGGUUCGAGCCAUCGACCCUCGAUGAUUCAUCGAUGUCGAGCCAUAGUCAAGCCCGCGGUUACGGCCAGCAGCAGCAGAAGCAGUUUAAUUACUCUCAGGCAUAUUCUUCAAACCGUCACAAUCAGAUGGACAUCACUUUCUCUCAAGAUGUCAACCGAUGAUGAGAAAUCGCCAAGGAUAAGAUCUGGAGGAUGGGUUCAGGAUUUGACUUUAAUUGAAACCCCACUUGGAAGGUCAAGAAAUUUUUAUAAAUAUUUUAUGAGGGAAAAAGAAAAAAAAUUAUAAAAUGUUCAAAAAAACCUGAUUAUGACGAGGGUAGGGGAGUGGGGGGCCCAUGCCCCAGAAGAUGAUGAGAUGAGAAGGAGAGGAAUCCAUUUGGACUGUUGAGAUUCUGUCUGAAGAUUUUUCAUGAAGAAAUUUGAUUAAGGUGGUGGUGGUGAUUGGUGACGGUGAUGUGGGUGGUGGUGGGUGGGUGGAGGUGGACUUUGAAUAGAUGGGUGACAGCCCAG